GAAAAAACAUUGUCGCAGUGAGUUGGCAAUGUGAAGUCGUACCAGAAUCCAAUGAAAUUUUGUCAAAGUGUGUGUUUUGAAAGGACAGAAAUAUAAUGUUGAUGUCAUCUCACGUAUAUAUAUGACUCUGAGGAAAAUGCUAGCUUGAUGAUACACCGUGGAUGGUCAAUACAGUAUCAACAACACUGCCGUACUAUCUACGACUCCGUCUUCGCACUGAACUGCAUUGAUCAUCGCACUGCACGAUAGUGACGAUGUAACGUACAGCUUCAAGUAAUACAGCCGAUCAGUACAGUGUUCAUGCUCAAGUUUACAUGUUCUUGUCUUUCAUGUCAUGAUGGAUAGAACAAGGAGCUCAUUGUAUUGUAGGGCUGUUGCGGGUGGCGGUGUCGUAUGCAAGCUGCACUGCUCUUCUUCCAAUUGACAACCUUUUCCGUGGGAUGUAUGCACUGGAGAUUCAGUUGUUUUUACUACCACCUGAUCGUGUGGUGACUUAAAAGUUUGCACUAAAAAAUAUUGGCAUUAAAAAGCUAUCAAUGUUGUACUUCACUUGUAUGUAAUUAUUUGAAAUAGUGUAUUUCAAAUGAGGAGGUCCAGUGUUGAGCUGCAAGUGCAAGCAAUUGCAGUCCAGUAUGUUAGCUACUGGCUGAUCUGAAUACCUUUUCUUUGUUUUUACAAUGCAUUAUUGUCCUCGGACUUCUUACAAAUGACAUUGAAAUACCAAACUACAGUUAUGUGUCGUACAUGUACAUGAAGCAUAUCAUUGCAAUUCUGCUAGGAAUUACUUGCAAUUUGUAUGAUAUAUGUUGAUUUUUAAAGUGAACACAGUCACAGUGUUAUAAUAUAGGCUACUUACACUUGAAAGAAAACUAUUUCACCAAGAAAUUUCAUCAUGGCAAAAGUGCUACCCCCGGCUAGCUAUUUAACAGUAAAGAGAGGACCUUCUGCUCCACUUAGUGGAAGUUCAUCUGAGGAGGGUGAGAACUCUGACCUUGAAGAUAUACCACCAUCACCGUGCAGUAGUACAUCUAGUGGUCCAAUCUACAUACGCCCAGCUGGGUUUAAGCAUCAUGCUCAAGAAAUCCAGGCCUUGAAGUUACGCACUUGCAGCUCUGUUAAGUUGAAAAAAAAGAUAAAAAAGAAUUCUGCCAUGACUGUUCCUAGAGACACUUUGUUUUGUCCAGAUGUCCAAGAUUCUGGAAGGGACAAAAACAAUAAUAACAGCAAUAGCAAUAAACUCUCAUCAGUUCCACAGAGCAGGGCCAAACAAAAGACAAAAAAGGAUCCUUUGCCUAUGAAACUACGAGCCUUACCACAGUCCUUUUGGCAACAACCAAAUACAGUCAACACAGCACCCCCUGGAGCAAUGUAUACUGUAUUACCACCCGUCUCUAAAACAGAGCAACCAUGUAUUGCUGAAAUUACAGAUGUGCGGCCAGUUACACCAACAUCAGACCAAGAGGCAAAGCAAAGCAAAUCAGUGGUGAAAUGUGAACGAUUAGAGAGACCUCAAAAAACACAUUCACAAUAUGAUAGGCAAGAUACUUGCAGAUCAGUUGAGACAUUACAAGAUGCAUCCAGAGAAGGAGAAACAGACACUCUUGUAAAGGAACGUAUCAAACCCAAGCAACUUAAACCUGCAGCUAGAAGGAUCCUAAGAGUAUCUGCAACAAGUUCCAACCUUCUUGCUAAGUUAUUUGAUGGAAUAGAAAAAGACAAGAAAAGUAACGUAAACUCAUCAAUCAAAAGAGGAAGACCUAAGAGAGACUGUUCACAGUCGCAUCACAAGCAUGUGAUUGGUGAAGAUCCAUAUUUGAUAGAUGCUGUGGCAGAUGGGCUCUUACCACUACUGAGUAUUGAAUCACAUCGACAGAGUGUUGGACCUUCUUCACAUCUAUCAGUUGUAGCAGUGAAAGAUGGCGAUAAAACGCUAACUUUACCAUCAUUAAGUAUUGAACAAAACUAUCCAGCCAUGUUGUCAGAGCUUGUCAAAGCAUUAUAAACAGCCAUGUUGUCAUAGCUUGUCAAAACGUUAUUAUCAGCUAAGCAAUUCACCGCGUCUAGAAAUCUCACAGGACUUUAUUUGUUCUUAGAUACAUGUAUGCAUGAAAUCGUGUAGAUCUUUGUUUCCCCAACUUACGGAUGUUGAAACGACUGAAUCAGCUGUUUGCUGCAGUUAUCUAUUGACCUCUAUCAGGGUUGUCACAUGGAUUGCUGCAAAAUGAUAUUAGUUUCAAUUAUACUACUGUCGGCACUAAGGUAACAGAUAGUUUUAGAUACAUUCUGAAAUAUGUUUUCACAGUAAAUCAAUUUAAACUCAUGGAAAAAAGGAAGGUUAACUUCAUUUGUUGCAAGGCAAGGAAAACAUUUUGAUUUGAUGUUUGCCUUAAAUUGUUAUAUGUCAACAGUUAUGUUAAAAUGUAUUGUUUUAAAAUGUAUUGUUUUAAAAUACAUAAAUCAAGUAGAAGGAUAUCAUUGAAAAAUAAAUUACUCAGCACCUCUGUAAAACAGCCAGCUCUUUUAACUUCAAUUAUAAUUUUUGUUCUCUGCAUCAAAUCUCAGUACAUGUAAAAAGUACAGAAUUGAAAGUUGAACAUUGUCACACAGGUAUAUGUGACAGUGUGUGUGUUUGCGCAUGUGAGCACAUGCGUGAUAAUGCAGCAAAUGUCACUUAAAUAAAAGAAAAAACUUGACAUCCAAGUUCUGAUAACAUAAAAUGUGUUCAACCGUAUUAAUGUAAAUUGGGGUGAAGUUAAUAGCUUUUAAAGAAUUAAGAGCAAAUGAUAUAUGGAGUAACUUUUCUACCCUGGAAACCUUGUGGCAUGUCAGGGCUAUAAGCCCUAUACGCCUCUCUUAAUAUUUAUGCAUGACGUCAUAAUUCUUGUCCAAAAUGAGGCUAUGGG